AUGGAGCCAAUCCGUCUCGGCAUCAUAGGCUUCGGCUUCUCCACCAAAUGCUUCCACCUACCCUUCAUCAACGCGUUGCCGGACGACUUCAAGGUAGUCGCUUUCUUUCAACGCACAGAGGCACCAAAGGAUCCCAAGAGCGCAGAAACCGGUUCACAUUGCACGGUCGACUACCCCGACACCAAGCACUAUCGGAAUGCCGAUGAGUUCUUCGCGGACAAGGAUAUCGACGUGGUGAUCGUCUGCAGCAAACAAGACACGCAUGCAGAAUAUGCCGAGAAGGCCUUGAACGCUGGGAAACACGCAGUUGUUGUGGAGAAGCCCUUCACCAGGACGACAGAAGAGGCCGACCACCUCAUCUCCCUGGCAGAGAAGAGUGGCAAGAUCUUGACAGUCUUCCAGAACCGAAGAUGGGAUAACGACUUCCUCACCCUCCGACACCUGAUCGACAAGGACGCCUUUGGGACCAUCAAAGAACUCGAGAUCCACUACGACGUCGACUUCCCGUUUUGGAUGAGAGGGAUGAAUAAGAAGGAGUACACGCCCGGGGACGGCAUGACCUUUGGUCUAGGGAGCCACACGUUCGAUCAAGCACUGCUGCUCUUCGGCCGACCAAAAUCCGUGACGGGGUUUUUGAGGGUGCUUCGCGGCGUCGACAGCGAGAUCGAGGACAGUUUCACCGCCAUCCUGCAGUACGACGGGCCGCAGUCGGAGCUGCUGGUCACGGUCAAGACGAUGGUGGUGUCGACGAUGAAGGACCAGCUGAAGUAUUUUGUGAGGGGCACCAAGGGGUCGUUUGUCAAGCACGGAACCUGCAUCCAAGAAUCCCAAAUCCUCUCCACGCCAUCCAUGCCCGUGACAGCCCCCGACUUCGGGCACGAACCGCCACAUCUGUACGGCCUAUUAACGACCAAAGGCGAGCACGCGUUCGACAAGAACGAACACCAGAUCUACGAGCCAGACACUAACCUCUGGGUGGGCCGCUACCCGACCAUCCCGGGUCACUGGCUGGGGUUCUACGAGAACCUACGCGACGCAGUGCGCGGGAAAGCCAAAGUCGCUGUGAGACCGGAGCAGUCGCGCGACGGGAUCCGGUUGAUUGAGCUGGUUAGGGAGAGCAGCCUCAAGGGCCAGGCGGUCCAGUGGCAUUAA